AUGGUUUUGGAAAAAAGUAGUGCAGGAGAGGCUAAAAAGACUAAGAGACAAAGUGUGUAUAAGCUGCAGACCUUAACUAGCUGGCUGUUGAAACAAGAACAAGAUGGGAUUAUUGAUGCUGAACUUACUAUUGUUCUUUCGAGUAUUUCGAUGGCUUGUAAGCAGAUUGCUUCUCUGGUUCAAAGAGCUGGAAUUUCCAAACUUACUGGAGUUCAUGGUGCUUUUAAUGCUCAUGGAGAGGACCAAAAGAAGCUUGAUGUUGUCUCUAACGAGGUAUUCUCUAAUUGUCUGAGAGCGAGUGGUCGGACAGGGAUUAUAGCAUCGGAGGAAGAGGAUGUACCAGUGGCAGUAGAGGAGAGUUACUAUGGGAACUAUAUCGUGGUUUUUGAUCCUCUUGAUGGAUCAUCAAAUAUUGAUGCUGCUGUAUCUACUGGCUCUAUCUUUGGUAUAUACACUCCAAAUGAUGAUUGUCUCCUUGAUCUUGAAGAUUCUACCACGCUUGACACUGUGGAGCAGAGGUGCAUAGUGAAUGUGUGCCAACCAGGGAACAAUCUUCUUGCAGCAGGGUACUGCAUGUACUCGAGCUCAGUGAUCUUUGUGCUCACGUUGGGAAAUGGUGUUUUUUCUUUCACGUUGGAUCCAAUGUUUGGAGAAUUCAUCCUGACUCAAGAAAACAUCCAAAUACCAAAGGCUGGAAAGAUCUACGCGUUCAAUGAAGGAAACUACCAGUUAUGGGAUGACAGGUUGAAGAAGUACAUCGAUCAUUUGAAGGACCCCGGUCCUAGUGGUAAGCCUUACUCAGCCAGAUACAUUGGCAGUUUGGUUGGUGAUUUUCAUAGGACUCUUUUAUAUGGUGGUAUUUAUGGCUACCCGAGAAACAAGAAGAGCAGGAACGGGAAGUUGAGGCUUUUGUAUGAGUGUGCCCCAAUGAGCUUUAUUGUGGAACAAGCCGGUGGCAAAGGAUCGGAUGGCCAACAAAGAAUUCUUGAUAUGCAACCAGUUGAGAUACAUCAACGCGUUCCGUUGUACAUUGGAAGCAUAGAAGAAGUUGAAAAAUUGGAAAAGUACUUAUCUUAAUACAGAUGUGAACUGAAGGGGAUAUUCAUUACUUUUUCAACUACUUUAGUUUUGUAAGCAAACAAAACACAUGAAGAGCUGUAAAUUUGUAUAUUAC